AUGCAGAAACAGUACGUUCAGAUGCGAGAGACCGCCUUCGAUCUCUACACGGAACGCGACGCCCUGCCCUGGUAUUACAGGGCUUGUGCUCUUACUUCGUCCUGCUCCUGCCUGGCAGGUUAUAUCAUCUUUGCGCUCGUUUUCACCUCGGACGAAUCCAAUGUGAAAGUCUCCCGAACGGCUCUCAUUGUCCUCGCCUCGAUCUUUCUCAUUGCAGGCUAUGCCUCCGCUUCAGCGAUUGCCUUUUUCGGCCGCAGCCUCCUCUUCUUCUACGAUGGCGUCCUCAUACCAAUCCUGACGUCCUCCUUCAUGGGCAUUGUUGUAACGGUCUUGAACCAUGCCCUGCACAAAGACUUUCCCAUCCCGAAUCAUGCGUACAUAUACAUUCCGCUGGUGACGGCGUGUACGACGACCGUCGCCUCGGCAGCUCUCACGUUCGUUAUUUAUAAGCGAUUGGCCAAGAUGAAAAGGUUGGACAACCAUAGGAGACAGAGAAUACGAAAGUUUGAUCGUCAUUCGUCAAUGAGCUAUGGCGACGCCGCGUCGACCACGGAACUCUUGCCCAUUGAUCCAAGUAUACCAGAGGAUGAGGCCCAGCGUCGACAGCUUCUGCGUCUGCUCUUGAAUCGAGAGGCGGCUGAGCAAUCAUCGCCGUCUCCUGGGAUGCCUAGCUCUGAAAGUACCUACAAAAUCUUCCUACCUGGUGACGAAGGCUUUGGUGGAACACAGGUGGUGCCCGCCAGUGCGCGACCUCGAAGUGGGAGUCUCCCGAAUUCUUCAACCUCUGCCAAAUGGAACUUGCUGGCGAAGAUUACUGGCGACCAUAGCCCGCCCGUGGAAAGCUCUUUCAAAGACCAUCGUCAACGUCGACGCGAGGAGAUUGAGCGCUCAUCGAUACUUAUGCCGGCGGGCACAGACAGUCCAUGGUUGCAACCCUUCAGUGCGGCCUCGCCCUCUCCUUCUCACUCUCUGUCGUGGUCACGUUCGGCGAGGUAUGCGUGA